AUGGUGCGUGGUAUCCCACAUACCGAGAAGCUUUUCAUGGGAGGAGAUUUCAACGGCCACAUUGGAGCGACAUCUGGGGGGGGGUAUGAUGAUGUGCAUGGUGGCUUUGGUUUUGGAGAUAGAAAUGGAGGAGGAACGUCUUUGCUGGACUUUGCUAGAGCAUUUGAUUUGGUAAUAGCAAACUCGAGUUUCCCGAAGAAGAGGGAGCACUUGGUCACCUUCCGAAGUUCGGUGGCCGAGACUCAGAUUGAUUAUUUACUCUGCAGGAAGUCCAAUAGAGGUCUUUGCACGGAUUGCAAGGUCAUCCCGAGUGAGAACCUCUUGACCUUUCAUAGGCUCCUGGUCAUGGACCUUGAGAUCACGAGGAAAAUGGCGAUAUAUAGCCAACAUAGGAUCAAGUGGGGAGGCUUGAUGGAAGCUGAAGCGUAG